AGCUGCGACUCCGGGAACUUUUUCGCCAAAGCAAACAUCGCGAUUUCGUCACCUCCUCGUUUCCAUACUUCAGAGAUCAAUCGCCCUGAAAAAUCCUGCCUUCAUAACUAAGAAGAUAUGGGGGGCAAGUCUGGAAACAAGGCCGGCUACUUCGACAAGCUGAAGGGCUUGUUGGAGGAGUACCGUUCCAUCUUCAUUGUGUCGGUCGACAAUGUCUCGUCGCAGCAAAUGCACGAGAUUCGCCAGGCCCUCCGCGGCCAGGGCGUUGUCCUGAUGGGCAAAAAUACCAUGGUCCGCCGCGCGCUGAAGACCUUCAUCACCGACACCCCCGAGUACGAGCGCCUGCUGCCCUUCGUCAAGGGCAACGUCGGCUUCGUCUUCACCAACGGUGACCUCAAGGAUAUCCGUGACAAGAUCUUGUCUAACAAGGUCGCCGCCCCCGCCCGUGCCGGUGCCAUUGCCCCGGUCGACGUCUGGGUGCCUGCCGGCAACACCGGCAUGGAACCCGGCAAGACGUCGUUCUUCCAGGCCCUCGGUGUCCCCACCAAGAUCGCUCGUGGUACCAUUGAAAUCACGACCGAUCUCAAGCUCGUCGAGGCCGGCGGCAAGGUCGGCCCCUCCGAGGCGACCCUGCUCAACAUGCUCAACAUCUCCCCCUUCACCUACGGCAUGGGCAUUGCGCAGGUCUACGACCAGGGCAACACCUUCCCCGCGAGCGUUCUCGACAUUGGCGAGGAGCAGCUGCUGAAGGCCUUCUCGUCGGCCGUCACCACCAUCGCCGCCAUUUCGCUGGCCCUCAACUUCCCCACUCUGCCGUCCGUCAUCCACUCCCUCGUCAACAGCUACAAGAAGGUCCUGGCCGUCGCCGUCGAGACCGACUACAGCUGGCCCGAGAUUGAGCAGCUCAAGGACCGCAUCGCCAACCCCGAUGCGUACGCCGCCGCCGCUCCUGCCGCUACCGAGACUGCCGCGGCUACCGAGACCAAGGCUGAGGAGAAGGAGGAAGAGAAGGAGGAGGAGUCUGACGAGGAUGGCGGUUUCGGCGGUCUAUUCGACUAAAUGUAACAGCAUCAUGACGGUGUUUUCGGGCUGGCAAUCUUGGUUUGGGUCUGGCAAAGGUUUCAUGGGUCUCUAUCCACGGCUACAUAGAUCAUUUGCGGCUCAA